AUGUCUGCGCUCCGGCUUCUACAGCCCCUGAACAGCAUUGUCGCAGUAUAUCUGGUCCCGAGCGCAAGGGUCCUCAAGGACUUUACCGACUGCCGUGACAAUCGCUUCAGCUCCCAGGACCUCGAACCCCCAUCUGAGCUCUCCGUCUCGCUCCUGCACCAGGCUUGCCGUUCACCCCUUGCGAUCAUGAGCAAUCCUCCACCCGCCGUCGUGUCAUCGGAAGAGGGACGCCUGUACUACUACGGACUGCCUUCAAGACCCAUUCUUGUCGCCCGGACGAGCUCUGCUGUGUGGGUGUCUCCAGGGGACACGCGCCUCUACAUGGGAGAAAGGAGUAUCUCCCCUGUCGGUCCCCAUCCGCUACUUCACCUCAAUUGGGAAGAUCGUAUCGCACCAGAGAUUCACUCCCUGCUCGGCGACAAGGACGUGCAGUGGACAAGUCUCGAUGUCGUGCGGAUCGGCUAUACCCACGAAGCCAACACCCCUGUCAUUCUUUGGAUCGGGGUGUUGCCCAACAGCAUCUCGGCGCAAGACGGCCGUGCCAUAGUCAUGCAAUGUCUCGAAAUCCUUCAUGCUCACAAUAUCGCCGAUGUCGAAGUCGAGAUGCGCGAAUCUGUCGUCGUCCCACUGGCUGUCGGUCCGGCGCCUAAGCUUCCCGCGCUUGACAGCACAAGCUAUGCGUUGGGCGCCUCUGUUCUCUUGGAUCCUUUUACGACAUCACCCAACUUCCCGAUCAGCGCUUUCAAGAGUUCUUCUCAUCAGGGUACGGGCGGGUUCUUCGUUACCGACCUCGACGACCCAGGGAGGAUCCUUCUUGUUACCGCCCGUCACGCCAUCUUCUCGCCCGAAGAAGACGACGGCACGCUGUAUAGGCAUACGGAAGGCUCCGAGCGGCCGCCAUGUCUAGUCCAACUCUUCGCGGACGACGCUUUCGAACGGCACAAGGAGUUCUUACAGGAGAUGAUUCAAAAGUAUCGGGGCUUCAUCGACAUCCAGUCUUCCAGCAUCAAGCGUUUCGAUGGGCGCACGGAUCAGGCAGCGAUCGAGGCCAGAAGAUACUGCGAACAUGACGUGGGCAAUGCCCGCAGAAUGCUCUCGGAGCUCGAUGCCAUCUCCAAGUUCGUAGAGACAUUCGGCGAGGGCGAUCGUGUGCUCGGGCACGUCGUGCUCUCCCCGCCCAUUGGUUAUAACAUCGGACCGCAGGGAUACACGGAAGAUUGGGCCGUCAUCGAAAUGUUUCCAGCGAAGAUUAGUGCCGGGAACUAUCGCGGUAACGCGAUCGUGCUACAGAAAGCAGCGUUCGACAAUCUCAUAUGGCCGGCUAGACUAUCGAGACAGAUGCACCCAUACGACGCAACGCAUCCCAAGUGUUUCGACUAUAGCCUUAUCGACAAUCUUCUGCGGCUUGGUGGCACGAUCACAGACGGCGAACUGCGUCAUCCGACGUCGCUCGACGAGAACCGGGAGCAGUGUCGGACGGUUCUCAAGCGCGGCGCGGCGUCUGCUCUGACCGUCGGACGUGCCAACUCGAUCUUCUCAUACGUCCGCCGCGUCCAGGGUGACGGUAAGACUCUUAGCCGGGCCUCGAAGGAGUGGGCCAUCGUUGGUGGUGUCGGUGAGAUAUAUGAGUUCGCGACCAAUGGUGACUCCGGUGCCGUCGUUGUGGAUGGCCGCGGCCGUGUUGGGGGGUUGGUUACCGGUGGAAAUCGUGAGCAAAAGGGAGAUAUCACAUAUGCGACGCCGGCCUGCUUUAUACUGGAACGGAUGCACGCUUUGGGACUUCGAGUACACGUCGCCUGA